AGGAAUUCCAAAGACAAGCCUCGUCGAGGACCUCUGUUCGCGUGCGGCGUGUGCUGGCACUCUGCGGCUGUGCCCCCUCUUGUUCGUUCGUCCUGUCUCCGACGCCAUCCAAAUCCAGUCGCAUUCCCCCAAAUCCACACAGCUUCCAUCGCGAUCGCGUCUUUCGCAUGAAGAACCCUAACCCUCCUCCUUCGCGGCCCUCCGCCGCAGGCAAGCCCCCCGCUGGCAUGGCGCCGGCCCGCAAAUCUCGCUGGGGUCCACCGCCACCGGGCGCUGCCGGCGCCGCCCCGGCUGGGGACAAGGCCGCGCCAUCCACCUCCGCCCGCACCCCGACCCCCACCCGCACAGCGGAUUCCAGGCGCCAUCCGGGGGCCCCUCCCGUGCCAGCACCACACGCCCGCAACCCCGCGUCGCCCGCGGCCGCCCUCCGGUCGCAGGCUCAGCCGCACCCGGCGGUGGAGACUCCUCCCCCGCAGCCGUACGGCUUCCACAACCUCGACCGCCGCACCAUGCUCCUCGCCGACGGCACCGUCCGCACCUACUUCGCCCUGCCCCCUGACUACCCCUUCGAGCCGGCGCCCCUGCCACCCCUCCCACGCCACCUCCUCCCCCGCGCCGCCCCAGACCUUUGGCCGCCACAUCAGGCGCCGCCGCCGCCGCCGCAGAUGCCCAUGCCCAUGCCUGUGCAGAUGCCGCCGCACGAGGCUAGGCGGAAACACCCCGCCGACCAGGACGAGGGCUUCCCUAGGCACCACAAGCAGCCGCGGCUCGACGGGCCGCAUCAACCGCCGCCACAUGCCGCGGUGGACCGGCACGCACUCAGGAGGGCGUUCCUCAAGUACGCCAAGAUGCUCAACGAGAGCUCCGCGCAGAGGCGGAGCUAUCUCGAGGGCGGCCGUGUCCCGUGCCUCGCCUGUGGCAGGUCAUCUAAGGACUUUGCUGAUGUCCAUGGACUUGUCAUGCAUGCUUACAACCCACCAAAUGCAGAUUCACUUGUUGAUCAUCUUGGUUUGCACAAGGCAUUGUGUGUCCUUAUGGGAUGGGAUUAUACAAAAGUCCCUGAGAACUCUAAGGGCUACCAAUCAUUACCUUCUGACCUUGUCCAAGCAAGUAGGGAGGACCUCAUCGUGUGGCCGCCUACUGUUAUCAUUCACAAUACUUCGACUGGGAGGAAGAAAGAUGGUCGUUUUGAGGGUUUAGGGAACAAAGAAAUGGAUAAGAAAAUGACAGAACUAGGUUUUUCUGGUGGGAAGUCAAAGUCCUUGUAUGGAAAGGAAGGACAUAUGGGUUUGACACUUAUCAAGUUUGCAAACAACCCAUCUGGCUUGAAGGAGGCUGAGCGUCUUGCUGAGUUCCUUGAGAGGCAAGAUCGUGGACGUGUGGGUUGGUCACGUGCUCAUGCCAGUCGUUCUGUAGAUUCUGAUCAGAACCCUUUGUUGGUCGAGACGGAUAUCAGGACAGCUGAGAAAAAGAGGAUAUUUUACGGGUACCUAGCAAUUGCAUCUGAUCUGGAUGAACUAGACUCAGAUUCUCGAAAAAGGGCUUUCCUCCAGAGCAGAAGAGAAUUUGAUCCAAAUGAAUGAUCUCUUGCCAUAAAGCCAACCUCCAUCAGUUUAUUUAAUUUGCACCGAGGCGUGAAUACCCAUCUGGCCAUCUCUGAUCCCAAUUUAUAGAUUCAUGCUGCUGCUGUGGAUAAAAGACGUUACCUUGAAUAUAAUAUCUGCAGCUAGUUGAGUUGUACCCCUAGUUCUGGAAGCUGUAUUUGCACUAGGUGUACUUUCUUGCAAGCGUCUAUGGCUCAUGGUUUGACUGGUUAUUUGGAAGAGAUCUGUCUUCCUAUUUGAGUAUCAUUCAUCGCAUGAUUGAUUUCUCUCCAUUUGGAAGUGUGAUGUUGCAUAGACUUCCUGAUUAGUGAUGUUUUUCUAUAUUAUAGCUUUUCCUUCCUUUCUUGACUUGUCAAUUGCCAUAAAGAUUUAAAUUUCUGUUAA